GCCCCUUCCGGUUGGCAGCACCCAAGGAGGCUGGCAGAGGACGCAGGCAGGACCGUAUGCCCCGAAUUCCGUAGCGGACGCCUCGCAGCGAUUGCCUGGGCCUGGCCCCGGCUACAUGAUCUCGGUGCAGACUUCAGGGCCCGGCCCGGCGGAGAACGUCAACUACGGCAUCCCGAGCCGCCCUGCGACCUUCGCGGGCAUGGCCCUCGAGGACCUUAGCGGCUACCCUCAGGGACACCCUGGGGCUCAGGGCCAGGUCCAUGCCAUGCCCAUGCACCAGGCGCCCCAAGCGCCCUACCAAAUGGGCCCUCCCCAUGCCAUGGGCCCUGCCCAUCAUCCGGGCCCGCACCAUUACAUGCAGGGCUGCCACCAGGGCCCUUGCGGGCCGGGGCCGGGCCCCUGCAUUCAGAUGCACCCCGGAAUGGGCCCACAAGUCUCUUUUCAAGCGAGCUCCGGGAGGGCUCCAGCGCGGCCGGUGCACUACGGACCCGCGUCCGGAGGUGACCAGCAGGAGAUGGCCAUGGGGAAUUUUGGGAGCCAGUGCGGGCCCCACGGCGGCCAAGGCCACGGAGCUCCGAGCGGGCCGGGCGCGCGGGACCCUUCCGGGCGAGGCCGGGGGCCGCCAAACUCCCGAGAAUCGGAUGACUUUCGGGAGUGGUCGCCCGGACAGGACGACUUCUUCGCCCACCUCAUGCGGUGA